GAUUAUAGAGCCACUUGCAUCUAGAUGUGCGAAGUUCAGAUUCAAGCCACUUACAGAAGAAAUCAUGAGCACCCGCAUACUAUAUAUUUGCAAAGAGGAAGGUCUGCAUUUGGAUUCUGAGGCUCUUUCUACCUUAAGUUCUAUUUCACAAGGUGAUCUGCGUCGAGCAAUAACAUACCUACAAAGUGCUGCUCGCUUAUUUGGAUCUGCAAUUUCAUCCAAGGACUUAAUUAGUGUGUCUGGUGUAAGUUACUGGAACCCCUCUACAAUUGAUUCAAUGAUUUUGUGCAGAUUUUAAGAUUCACGAGUUCUAGGCUUACACUUCUGUACAUGAA